UAUAUUAUAUAUAUAUGUAUAUGACAUUUAAUUCUUUCUUUGAAACAAAAUACAAAAUAUAAACAAAAAUGUCCAUUGAUAUAGCAGAAAUGUUAAAAGAACCAAGAAUGAUAAAAGUAUGUGCACCAAUGGUUAGAUACAGCAAAUUACAGUUUCGAACUUUAGUAAGACAGUAUGAUUGCGAUAUAUGUUUUACACCUAUGAUCUUAGCUGAUUCAUUUGUACAAUCUGAAAAAGCCAGAGAUAAUGAGUUUUCAACUAAUAAUGGGGAUAAGCCACUAGUUGUUCAAUUUGCUGCUAAAAAUGUAUAUGACUUUCUUAAUGCAACAGAAUUGGUCGCCCCAUAUUGUAAUGGUGUUGACUUAAAUUGUGGGUGCCCUCAGCGUUGGGCAUUGAAAGAUGGAUAUGGAGCUGACUUACUUAAGAAACCAGAUCUUGUAAAAGAUUUAAUAUAUCAAGUGAGAAAUCGUAUUCCAUAUCCUUUCACUGUGUCUGCAAAGAUUAGAUUAUUGAAGGAUAUUCAAAAAACUAUUGAUUUCUGUAGAAUUCUUGAAAAAGCAGGUGCUUCAUUUCUUACUAUUCAUGCUAGAACUCCAGAAAUGAGAUGUGAACCAAUUGAUCUAUAUAAUUUAAAAUUAGUAAGAGACAGUGUGAAGUUACCUCUCAUUGCUAAUGGAGAUGUAAAAAGUUUAGAAAGUGCAGAAAAGCUCUAUAAAGAAAGUAAUUGUGAUGCAGUGAUGUCUGCAAGAGGGAUUUUAACAAAUCCAGCUCUUUUUUCUGGACAUUCAAUUACACCUCUUAAUUGUGUACAAGAUUGGCUUGAUAUUACAUCAACUAUACCAACUCAAUUUAUAUGUUUUCAUCAUCACCUUGUAUUUAUGUUAGAAAAAAUGCUCCCCAAAAAAAGUAGGUUGUUUUUUAACAAUCUACAAAAUAAAGUAGCUGUUCUGGAAUUUUUGGAAGAUACUUAUGGCAUAAAACCCAACAUCAUACCCGAAUUAUUUAAUCUUACUAAAUGCACCUUUAACAUUUCAAAUAAAAAAUGUAAUAAAGACAUUAUAAAGGAUGAUGAUGACCUUAAUACGAAUUUUUUGGGAAACAUAUUUGCAGAACUGUAAUUUUAUUUAUUUAUAUUCCUAAAUACAUAAAUAAUAUUUUUAUAAUUGUA